UCUCACGGUAUGUAUGUUUAACUAUGCUCUGCUUUCCGAUUUCGAUUAUCAUUUAUUUUGCGUUGUUUAUUAUCCAAACAUGAGAAUUUGCAGUGUGGUUGGUGUUUCCGAUUUGAAUGAUAUAUACAAUUUUUUAGCUACUGUGAACAUAUGAGAUAUUUUUUCAGACUUCAGGUAGUUUAUUCACUUUCAAGUGUUAGGGUUUUCACUUUUUAUUUCAUCACUAAUCUUAGGUCUCUUUAUCUAUCUUGUCGGGUGGGUCCUCAUCUUAAAAAAGAAUGUUAAAUGAAUAAAGAAAAAAAAAGAAUUAUUUUAUAGGGAAUCCAAAUCCAAGGAAGUGCGUGACUGUGUGUUUUUGAGAGUGGUUAAAUUUUGGUAGAAUUAAGCAAUAAGCAGGUGAAGUGAAGUGAAGGUUUCCAUUCCAAUGGCUCAACGUUGUUGCAACUUUUACAUUUCAAUUUCAAGGCGGCUGAAUGCCCUUCCAAUUCUAAAACCUCCUCCUCCUCCCUCUCAGGCAUUCUAUCAAACACUUUCAAUACACUCUCAUUCAAACAAUCACUAUCCUCCUCCUCCUUCUCCUUAUCCUUUCCACUUCAACUUUGAUUUCAAUCACCCAACUCUAUUGAAAUUCAUCCAAUUCCUCAAAAACAACAACGACAAAAACGAUGAUGAUAAUGUUCAUUUCCUUUCAUCACUGGAAGAACCAAAUGCAGAUUUAAUAUGUUCCGCAGCAAUUUGGGUUUUAAGGGAAGAUUGGAAACCUGCAUUGCGUGCCUUCAAAUUGAAUAGCCUCUAUAAUAACGAAAAAGCUUGCAACUUGAUGAUAUGGGUUUUGGGAACUCAUGCAAAAUUUUCCAUAGCAUGGUCCAUCAUUCGAGAUAUGCAUAACUCUUCUCUCUCCACUCAUCAGGCUAUGCUUAUUAUCAUUGACAGAUAUGCAUAUGCAAAUAACUCUGCUAAGGCUAUUGAAACAUUCAACUUUAUGAACAAGUUCAGAUUGACCCCUGAUCGGGAAGCAUUUCGUGCACUUUUGACUGCUCUUUGUAAAUAUGGUAACGUCGAAGAGGCUCAAGAGUUUAUGCUAGUCAACAACAAGUUCUUCCCGCUUGAGAUCGAGAGCUUCAACAUUAUUCUUAAUGGAUGGUGUAACAUAACAGUUGAUGUAUAUGAAGCAAAAAGAGUUUGGAGAGACAUGUUAAAAUACUGUAUAACACCAGAUGCUACUUCAUAUAGCCACAUGAUUUCUUGCUUUUCGAAGGAAGGGAAUCUUUUUGACUCUCUUAGACUCUAUGAUCAGAUGAAAAAAAGGGAAUGGAUCCCUGGGAUUGAGAUCUACAAUUCCUUAGUGUAUGUUUUAACUCGUGAAAAUUGUCCCAAGGAAGCUCUCAAGACUAUAGAUAAAAUGAAGGAACAAGGUUUGCAGCCAGACUCUGACACAUUUAACUCCAUGAUCCGACCUCUCUGUCAAACUGGAAAACUAGCCGCGGCAAGAAUAGUGUUGAACACAAUGGUAGAGGAGAAUAUUAGUCCAACUGUUGAGACUUACCAUGCAUUCUUUGAAGGAACAGAUUAUCAUGGAACGUUAGAAUUUCUGAGUAAGAUGAAAGGUUCUGGUUUGGGUCCAAAUAAAGAUUCCUUUCUUAUAAAUCUGGUAAAGUUCUUAGAGUUGAAGCAACCUGUAAAUGCACUGAAAAUUUGGGCAGAAAUGAAGAAAUAUGAUGUGGAGCCCAGUUGUAUACAUUACAGAAAAAUGGUUGAAGGGCUUGUAACAUGCAGAUGGUUCAUAAAAGCCAAGGAUUUUUAUGAGGAGAUGAUCUCAAACGGAUGUUCAGAAGAUCCAAAGCUUAAUAAGCUCCUUCAGAAAGAAGUGCUUGAUAGUGGUGAUAAAAGAAAACAGAAUGUUAUAAAGGCUAUUAGUGAUAAAGUGUGAGAAUUCUGAAAAGCGAUAAGUUGAGAUGGCAAAAACAUUGAGAGCAGUGAAGAUAUAAAGAUCUCUUACUUGAAGCAGAGAAACAGAAGCUCCCGAUUUUUAUCUUGUGAUUCUGCAUUCUACCAUUGGGAAUGUUGAAGCAUUUGCAGUGCCAAUAUUGUUGACUAAAAGGUGAAUUUCUCGAGGUCACUUCAUAGUCCUGACAUGUAUUAAUCUGGCUGUUAGCCCUUUGACAGCCUGCCUAAUUUUUGAAUUUUGCUACAAGAGAUGUUAUCUGAUCUAUAAAUGAAUCCUUGAUAGUUUUGGUCGCUGCUGCAUGCUCUGGCCCUCAUACUUUGUUGUUUUGAUUGUCUUGUGGUUCAUCAUUGAACAAUAUACAAAGUACAUAUUUUUGUUGUCUUCCUGA